AUGCCACGCAAGCGCAAGGCGGAGACUUCUACCGCUAGACCAGGUCCCUCGCGGCCUGGUAAACGGUGGAAAACAGAGAUGAUCGAGCUCGAAGAGAGAGACAUAUUUCUCAAAGCCGAGGAUGAGAGCAUGAAAAACAAGGAGUUGAAAAAGGUAAUCGACUCUAGAUAUACUGGAAUAUACCCUCCCACAGCCCCACAAAGGCCCAAAAGACAACACAGAUGGCGAUGGACAGGUCUGGAACCUCUCACAGACCCCAAGAAGCUGCCUCAGCUGUGGAACUGCGCUGAGCCUGAUCUUGACGACAAUGACAUUGAGGGCCAGAUCCAGAGGUGCCAUGAGAGAAUCGAGGAAAACAUAAUGCCCGAUAUAUUUCGCAAAAGACUCGCUCGAUAUCAAGCCCUGAAGAAAGAGAAAGAUGAUCUAAUGGCUUCGGAGCCGGGUCUUGAGUGGGGAGUUGUGCAGCGCGUGAAGGAGCUGAUCCAGAUUGGACAGGAGCUGGAGAGAGGUGGCGACCCGGAGCAAGAAAUACCAAAUCUUCUGGCAAUUAUCGAUGCCUAUAGAACUAAGAAGCUGGAAUGGGAGUGGGGAAAGGUUACAUACUGGGUCCACGGAAAGCAGGUCAAUGAAGAGCCACAGGAAUUUUCGUGGGACGAUUUUGAGCGCAAAGCUGACACUGCUGGGGGCAGGGGGUUUUGGGCAGAGGGGGUAUACAUCGAUGGGGCCAUGUUAAAAGGCAUGUUUCCAGUCGAAUUUAUGGACGAUACUGGAGCCUUCAUUACAAUAAUUGAUCAGCGCGACCUAGACGAUAUGGAAAGUCAGAGCGGAGUAAAAGCAACAGUAGCAGGGUACAAAACAGGGGCCGGUGUCACCGGUAGCUUAGCACUAAAAAUAAUAGAACUGAUGAUCACCCUUCCUCAUCCCACUGAUCAUCCGGAACAAACUCGCCUGCCUUUUUUCAAGAUAUUCUGCGGUGUCAGAAAUAUACCACCAGGAGCUUCGCGUCAUAGACUUCUGGGGCCUUGGCUAAGACAUGUGAUAUAUACUGCAACAUCCCCCGAUGGACAACACGGUCUAUAUUUGCUUGAUACAAAGGAUGAUUUCAAAAAUGUUCCUAAGUCGACAAUUCCUCUAAAUCGCAGGUGGAUCCACGAUCCUAGUUUCAAAGAUACUCUUCUGGCGACGAAUCAAGCAGCGGUAGCGGCGGCAGCAGCAGCAGGAACAGCAGCAACAGGACCGGCACCGCCACCACCGACAGCAGCGGCAGCAGCAGCAGGAAGGGCAGGGGGGAUCGCGGUUUGCCCCAAAUCCAAUGGCGCCGAAUUUCCAUCCAAGUGGGGGAGGUGGCGGCUCUAG